GCGUGUAGAGUAGACCCAUUGGUGGCCUGGGAAACUCAAGACCUCUAGUUUAUGAAUGUUUCAUUUCACCGGACCUCAUGUCUGACAAACAGUUGCUAGCAGUCCACUGCAAGUCCAUCGUCACCAUACACCUCACCAGGUAGGAAGAGGACUUCAACUGAGGACUUUGAUACCAUAAAGGAAUUAUAAGGAUAACUGCUGCAUAAAAUUAGGGAAGCUAGCAGGUAAUGGUGGUAGGAUGUCUGAACCAAGGCAGCGCUCUCUGUCCACCUCUGGAGAGUCUCUGUAUCAAGUGCUUGGGCUAGAAAAAGGCUGUACCCAUGACGACAUCAAGAAGUCCUACAGAAAAUUAGCUCUGAGGUACCACCCAGACAAGAACCCUGACAACCCAGAGACAGCAGAGAAAUUCAAGGAGCUCAACAGCGCUAAUUCCAUUCUGUCAGACGUCACCAAGAGAAACAUUUAUGACAGCUACGGCUCCCUUGGCCUUUAUGUGGCCCAGCAGUUUGGAGAGGAGAAUGUCAACACCUACUUCAUGCUGUCUACCUGGUGGGCUAAGGGUCUCUUUGCCUUGUGUGGCGUGAUAACGGGGUGCUACUUCUGCUGCUGCCUGUGCUGCUGCUGUAACUGCUGCUGUGGAAAGUUGAAGCCCAUGCACCCCGGAGAGGGAACAGACAGCUAUGUCUCCCCUGAAGACCUGGAGGAGGAGAUCCGCCACGACAAGGAGACUGAUGUGGACACUCCGGUUGUGCACCAGCCAACUAAUGCCAGUGAAAAGACACAGUUGAUUGGGGACGGCCACCGAAGCUACACCUGAACCUGGACAUCUACAAACCGUAGAGUGGCAUUAGACGACAUAAACACUACACAGUCCAUUGCUAUGUCAAUGGCUGUUCCCACACUCUAACGUCAUUACAUUCUCUGUAAAUAAGUGCUUUUGGUUGUUUUUUUGUUGUUUUUUUAUCUUGAUUUCUGUUUUCAUUGGAGGUAGUUGAUGUCGUUGUUCUCCUGCAAACUAAAUCCAUCAUCUCCUUUCACUUACCUAAACACUUUGUGCAUUGACUUCACUUGUCACAUAGUACAAAUAGCUCAGUGUGUAAAUAUUAGAGUAUGUGUAUGUAUAAAAAAAGAACAAAAGUAUUUUGUUGAAAAUAAAUGUAUGAUUUUAUCUGUCUAUAC